GAGACCGGAAGUGGCUUCACUCGGCUUAGAGGACUAACUGGGAGAGCGGGCGGAACUACACGAUAGGCGGGGAGACACACCCCCUCCUAGUAGUGACGUGAGCAGUGUGGGGCGACAAUGGAGAGAAGUGGGGACUUGUGAACGCCUAGACCCGGAUCGAACGAGAGAUUUGGCCGGAAGUGGUCUCGACUCCCUCAUACUGCAGUAGAGGCUAUAGGGAGAAAAUGGAGCGCUCCCUACAUAAGAGCCCCCAAGGCCACCAUGAAAGAAUUAAUUCCGAGCAGGGCCGGUGGUUCUCCGCUAGUUUCCCCUCUCUGCAUUGAAUCAUCUUUCCCCCAGGGCCGGCCAAGAGUUCUGAGCCCCCUGCCCAGCUCCCCCGCAUCUCAUUAGAAACCCUGCCUUCCCACUCCUGCUGUUGGCCCUCUAGAUCGAGAGGUGCCGCUUUGCUCCUCUCCGAGGGGAAGUCUGGCUUUCCUGAUGAGGCGCCUGGAGGCCCCUGGCGGCUCUGGGGGCAUUUACAGAAUCCAGCUCGCCUUAGGACCCAGAGGAGGUCAUUUACCCCAGGGCGAGUUCCUGGUUUCAGAGAUAGGAAGAGCCAUCGCUGGAGAGGUGGCAGUGGCACCUGUGCCUAGUACCCAGCCCUGAACCCUGUGCUCUGAUCUCAGGGUUUCCGCCCAGAUCUGACUACCAUGAAACUGCAUCGAAAGUCUGUGCUCAGUUUCUUCCGCGGGUACAGAAGAGAGACUCCAGACCAGGAGGGCAUCUUACUAAUGAAGGGGACCCGAAACACCAGCUACCAUCGCCGCUGGUUCAUCCUCCGGGGAAACCUCCUCUUUUACCUGGAGCACCAGGCAGACCGCACACCCCUAGGCCUCAUCCUGUUGGAGAACUGCCAGGUGGAACCACACCUUGGGGCCACAGAACCCUAUGCCUUUACCAUCCUGACCCCUGGGGCUGAGGGCCUAGAAGGUGGGCGGUUAUACAAGUUGGCAGCAGAAAACCAGGAGGAGCUGGGAGCCUGGCUGUGGGCACUGGCUGGGGCGAGCUGGGGGCGGCUGGCUAUGCUGCUACCCCAACUGGAGGCCCAGUACCGUGAGCUGUGCCAGGCAGCUGGCCAAGAGCCUAGCUCACCUCCAGAGGGCUAUGGCUCCCUAGCCACCUUCAAUGCCCCCUCCAGCUUUCAGGAGUUGCAUGAGCGCUUUGGGAAGGAGAUCCGGGUGCUACAAGAGGUACAGAGAAAGCUCCAAACUGCCAGUGACAAUGGAGGCAGCAGAUCCCAGGAAAAGGUGGAAAAGGAGCUAAAACAUUGUUUGUUGAGUGACUGAUGGACCAAAGACCAAGAGGUACCAACCUGCCAAGACCAGCCAACUACUUCAAUAGAGACCCCAGAUCCUGUCUCCUCCUGGCCUUUUUUUCCCCUUCCCUAUUCCUUAUUCUACCCCCCACUCCCUUCAUCAAAUAACAAGGCAGGAGACAGGCCCAGGUACAACAGCAGGUUCUUUUCUGGUUUCCUUCAAGCGACCACAUGGGGUGGAGGUGGAGACAGAAGAGAAUGUAAACAUUGGGUUCCACCCCCUGGAGCACAAAGGGAAGACCCCUUGACCAGAGAGGGGCUGGAGGGUUCGAAGGGAAUAAGGUGAAAAGUGGGGGCGCUGGUGAGACAAAACAGAGAGGCCUGAGAGUAGAGAGGAAGGUGGGUAAAGAGGAAAGCAAGGACAGUGGGUAGGAAAGUGGGGGACAUUUCCUAUUCCGGGCAUGUCCCCUUAAAUAAAGUGUAAGAAUACUAUAGGAGAAUCAAAGAACAGAAGAUUGAGCCAGCACCCCCACUCUGGGACAGCCAGGUCCUCUGUACAUAAUUAUCACAGAGAUGUCUAGUAGGGCGAGAGCCUGGCCCCCCAGUCAGGAAAAGGGGGAAGACAGGCAGGACCGAAGAGAAAAAGGAACCCAGCUCCACUUCAUGGGGAAGGAUAGCGACUGGAGUGUAAGGAUCUGAAAACUGCUGAUUCCCAUGGCCAACAGUCAACCCUGUGGUGACAAAAGGCCAAUCAGGACAGCACCUGGGAAGGAACCCCAGAGGGAAUAGGGACAGGAGUGAUAGAGACCCCGUGAUGAACCUCACUGGAGGGGCUCCAGACUUGUUCCCAGCUGCCCCAGGAAAACGCAGCUGGCCCAUGCACUGACUCCUGGCUGUGCAGGGAUCCGCAGCUGGCGAGGAGAUGGGGAAUCAAGCCACUUUCCUCAGAAAGAGGGAGAGCCUGCCAAGGGG